AUGUCUACUAGACGUUGGCACACUAAACGCAAGACAGGGUGCAAGAACUGCAAGAAGAGACAUAUUAAAUGUGACGAGGAUCGACCAAACUGCGCCAACUGCCAGAGGGCAGGCGUGGUCUGCACAUAUGAUCAACUCAAAGUUCCCAGUCCUAGCAGUCCAGCACACAGUGCGAGCCCUGCUGGCUCAACGGCCUCUACUUUGGUAUAUGAACACUUACCAACUUUCGAUAUGCUCGACUUGUCUUUGAUGCAUCACUACACUGUAUCAACAUCCACCGGACUUUUUGCUGGACAGGACUCUCAAGUAAUCUGGCAAGAAGUGAUACCCAGUCAGGCUCAAUCCAACCCUCUACUAAUGCAUGGUAUCCUUGCAUUGGCAUCAAUGGAUCUUGCCCGGACACGGCCCAAUGAACGGCAAAUAUACGCGACCAGGGCUCUGGCUCAUCAAAAUGCUGGCACGAGGCUAUUCAGAAAUAUGCUCGAACAACUACGUCCGUCUGACAGUCAUUCUAUCUUCAUAUUCAGCAUGAUUCUGCCGCUUUUAGCCUUUGCCUUCCCACACGCGUGUGACGAUCCGCCAGAUUUUGAUGGUAUACUCGACCUUUUCAGCUUACUUCGAGGAUGUAAAACUGUAUGGCUCUUGAACCCGGAGUUGGUUGCCGCAAGCCCAGUAGCGCAAUGGAUCAAGACUACUAUCACCGGGCAUCCGAUAGCAAUGAAGCCAGAGGUCGACCGUCGUUUCCAGAUCCUGAGAGAUAGCCUGAAAGAUCCGGCAGAUAUUAUUGCCACCGACCAACUUAUCGAUUUCACGCGUGGAGAACUUGCUACAUCACCGGAUGGAGUGGCAAACCUAGGUCGUUGGCCGACUAUGGUCUCUGAUGCGUUCUGGUUACGAGUCCAAAACCACGAAGUCGAAUCGUUACUUGUACUAUCUCACUACUCUGUUGUGUUGGGCACACCCAGCUAUAGAUGGUGGUCCAGCAACUGGGACUCAAUUCUGCUACAGGCUAUCGACAAGGCACUUCCGGAAGCUGACAAGAAAGCUGUUGAUUGGGACUAUGCUGCCAUGAUGAAGUUCGCAAACUCAUACAGAGGGAGUUAA